GUGAACUGCUACCGGAAUAUAGGAGUGGAGAAGCGGUGAUAGGUGUGGGCUACCUCGAAAUCACUCCUUUAAAUGAAUGGGCAUGCUCAGCUGAAGGAGCAGGAUCUCAGAAGAGGACUUGGCUACUGAAUUUCCAAGAGGAAAGUAAGACGGAGCAGGUGACACCAUGGAGCUGGAGAAGGAUGUGCAGCCUCUGCCACCACGCUAUAGAUUCCGCGACCUGCUGAUGGGUGAUUGGCAGCAAGAUGACAGGGUCCUGGUAGAAUUUUAUGUGAAUGAAAACUCCUUCAAAGAGCGACUGAAACUAUUUUUUAUAAAAAAUCAGAGAUCAAGUUUAAGGGUCCGACUGUUUAAUUUCUCAUUGAAGCUGUUGAGUUGCCUGCUCUACAUCGUACGAGUAUUACUAGAUGACCCAAGAGAUGGCAAGGGGAACUGCUGGGAAUGUCCAAAACAGAACUAUUCUUCACAGCACAAAUUUGACUGGACCCCCAUCAUUUGGGUGAACAGACCUGUUCCUUUGUGGGCACUCCAGGUGCUUGUUGCAUUAAUCAGCUUUUUGGAAACUAUGCUGCUGACUUAUCUAGGAUACAAGGGAAACAUUUGGGAGCAGAUCUUGAGAUUCCCUUUCAUUUUGGAAAUGUUCAACACACUGCCAUUCUUUGUGACUGUGUUCUGGCCUCCAUUGAGAAGUCUUUAUAUACCAGUCUUCCUCAACUGCUGGCUGGCAAAACAUGCCUUGGAGAACAUGAUUAAUGACCUGCACCGUGCCAUCCAGAGGACCCAUUCUGCCAUGUUCAAUCAAGUCUUCAUCCUUAUAUGCACCCUUAUCUGCCUCAUGUUUACGUGUAUCUGCGGCAUUCAGCACCUGGAGAGAGCGGGCAAUAAUCUCACCCUCUUUGACUCCUUAUACUUCUGCAUCGUCACUUUCUCCACCGUGGGCUUUGGUGACGUAACCCCCAAGAUAUGGCCGUCACAGCUCCUAGUGGUCAUCAUGAUUUGCGUCGCCCUUAUUGUGCUACCUAUCCAGUUUGAGCAGCUGGUGUUCCUCUGGAUGGAAAGGCAGAAGUCAGGAGGGAAUUACAGCCGUUACCGCGCACAGACGGAGAAACAUGUGGUCCUGUGUGUCAGCACCCUAAAAAUAGAUCUUCUCAUGGAUUUCUUAAAUGAAUUCUACGCACACCCCCGGCUGCAGGAUCAUUAUGUCGUCCUCCUCUGCCCCACUGAAAUGGAUUUGCCUGUAAGAAGAGUUCUGCAGAUCCCUUUGUGGUCACAGCGCGUUAUCUAUCUGCAGGGCUCAGCUUUAAAGGAUCAGGACCUCAUGAGGGCAAAAAUUGAUGACGCGGAAGCCUGUUUUAUUCUCAGCAACCGCUUUGAAACAGACCGCAUCGCAGCGGAUCAUCAGACCAUUCUCCGGGCAUGGGCAGUAAAAGACUUUGCUCCCAACUGUCCUCUCUUUGUCCAGAUUCUCAAACCUGAAAACAAGUUUCAUAUUAAGUUUGCAGAUCAUGUGGUCUGUGAAGAAGAAUUUAAGUAUGCCAUGUUGGCGCUUAACUGUGUAUGCCCAGCCACCUCUACGCUGAUCACUUUACUGAUUCAUACCUCUCGGGGACAAGAUAAUAACCCCACAUCACCUGACCAGUGGCAGAAGAACUACAGCCGUUGUUCCGCCAAUGAGAUCUACCACAUACGACUGAGCGAGAGUAAAUUCUUUGGAGAAUAUGAAGGGAAAAGCUUCACAUACGCCUCCUUCCACGCCCAUAAAAAGUACGGUGUGUGCCUAAUUGGAGUUUGCCGGGAAGAUAAAGCCAACAUUUUCCUGAAUCCAGGUCCUUGCCAUAUAAUGUCAACUACAGAUACAUGUUUCUACAUCAACAUAUCAAAAGAGGAGAACUCGGCCUUCAGUUUUAAAGAACACGAGCACAUGCAAAGAUCAGGAGCACCCAAAUCUGCUUACCAUGGCCUGACCAGGCUUCCAGUACACAGCAUUAUAGCCAGCAUGGGCACAGUGGCCAUCGAUCUUCAGGGGUCAAGAAGCCCAGAGAGUGUUGAUGGCAACCUGCUAAGCCCACCAGCCGACUCCACUCAUAAGAGAAAACACAGCAUUGAUCCUGUGCCUGACCUUAUUGAUGGUGAUACCAACACAUCCUUCGACCUGUUGAGUGACCAGUCCGAGGAUGAGAUCAGUCAGUCAGAUGAAGAGCUGGGCUCUUACAAUGACUGGGUAAAGGGCUAUCCCUCUAACACACCCUACAUUGGCAGCUCCCCCACUUUAUGUCACUUACUCCAGCAAAAAAGUCAGUACUGCUGCCUGCGACUUGAUAAGGGUUGCCACCAUUUCCCCUACGAAGAUGCACGGGCAUACGGCUUCAAGAACGCCUUGGUAAUUGUAUCGGCAGAGCGAGCAGGAAAUGGGUUAUAUAACUUCAUUGUUCCUCUCCGAGCGUACUACAGACCCAAGAAGGAACUGAGCCCUAUCAUUCUUCUCCUGGAAAACCCACCUGAUACACAGUUCCUUGAAGCCAUCUGUUGGUUUCCUCAGGUCUAUUACAUGGUGGGAUCCAUUGACAAUCUAGAUGACAUGCUGCGCUGUGGAGUAAGCUAUGCUGCACACAUGGUGGUGGUCGGAGAAGAGAACUCAAUGAUCGCAGAGGAGGAUUACAUGGCUGAUGCACGAACCAUCGUCAAUGUACAGACUCUCUUCAGGCUUUUUCCAGGAUUAAACAUCAUUACAGAAUUGACGCAUCCAGCAAAUAUGAGAUUCAUGCAGUUCAAGGCCAAAGAUAAAUACUCAGUGGUGCUGUCUAAGCUGGAGAAGAGGGAGCGUGAGCGGGGAUCUAAUCUGGUCUUCAUGUUCAGACUGCCGUUUGCUGCUGGGAAAGUCUUCAGUGUCAGCAUGCUGGAUACGCUCCUAUACCAGUCCUUUGUUAAGGAUUACAUGAUCUCCAUCACACGUCUUUUACUGGGUCUGGAUUCAAUGCCGGGUUCUGGAUUCCUAUGUGCUCUGCAGGUGACAGAAGAGGACCUUUGGAUUCGGAGCUACGGUCGGCUAUAUCAGAAGCUCUGCUCCACUACCGGGGACAUACCUAUCGGCAUCUUUCGCACCGAAACCCACAUGCUGCCAGUUUCAGAGGUAUACAUUGUUUGGAAUGUAAGCUCUCAUGAGCAGCGCCCUCCUUCACAGGUCUCCAUAAGUGUGGAGGACUAUGAAGACACAAGGGAGACUCGUUGGGGAGACACAAUCCAAAGCCGAGGCCCACACCGCAACUCAACCUCUAGUGACCAGUCUGAGCACCCAUUGCUGCGCCGAAAGAGCAUGCAAUGGGCCAGGAGGCUAAGUCGCAAAGGAGCAAAGCAACCUGGGAAAUCAGCUUCUGAAAGGAUUAGCCAGCAGAGAAUGAGCCUCUACAGGCGGUCAGAGCGCCAGGAGCUCAACGCUUUGGUGAAGACCAGAAUGAAGCAUUUGGGCCUUUCCACAGCACAGUACAUGGACAUUAUGGACACAGACAAUUCACUAUCUUAUAUUCUAAUAAAUCCGCCCCCGGAUACCAAGCUGGAACUUAAUGAUGUUGUGUAA